AUGCACAAUGGCCACAGUCGGUAUGAUCUCGCGAGCUCGUCAUCAUCUGCCAAAAGUAUCCAUUCCUCCUCAGACUCGGAUCAGGGGCAAAAAGACCAGGAGUCCGUUCCUGCUCUAUCUACACAAAGACGCUCGCGCCCCGAUAGCCAAGUGCGGUUCGAUCUACCUCCCGAGACAGGGCCAAAUAUUCAAGAAAUCGAUACAGGCGAACCAGCAUGGACCGAGCUUGGGGUAGAGCCGCCGGUAGCAGCUGAACCGACCACCGAUUGGCUCAGCGGUGCUUGGGUAGACACAGGCAAGAAGUCGAAGCACGGCAAGAAAGGUGUCGAAGAAGCACCUCCUCCACCUCCUCCACCUCUUCCGCCGCCAGCUCCGAAGAAGGAAAAGGAGGACGACCCUUGGGGCGGGUUCAUGUCAGCCAGGAACAAGAAGAAGGUGAAGAAGGCUAGCAAGCUUGCGAAGAAAGAAGAGCCAACGGAGCUGCCAGUCGAGCAGGAACGGCACGAAAAUCCGAACGGAGCGCGUAAGACCAACAAUAUGCAGCUGGAGGAGAGCAAUCAGAGCUCCAGUAAUGGCAUGACGCCAGAUCCUGCAUGGGGUUUCGUUGUCGCAGAUGUUACUCCUGUGAGACAACCACAGCCAUCGUCGUUCGUCAGAUUUGUCCAUCCCUUUGACUGGAGUAACAGGUACGGUCCAGGACUCACCUUGGAACCGAUGGAAAGGGGAAAUGGUUGGGUACAGCACCUGCCUGACCGCAACAUCAUAGCGCUGGCGGCCGAGAGGAGAAGAAGCGGCCUCAACAACAUACCCAAAGCUCCUUCCCCUCUGCCUGAUUGUGGGCCGCGGACCGUAAUUGACGAGCCUCAGCCGUACCUCCCAGAUGCUCCAGUGGGAAAGUCCCGAGUACCUCGGUUCAGUUAUGUCGAGGACGAGUGA